CUCGUCCGUCUCCUCCCCCUCGGCCCAAUUUCUCGUGGCGUCCAUUCCAAAAUAUCGCCCACGAUUCCCCACCUCUCUCUUCCCUCCCCUUCCUCCCCUCGCCGGCGGGCGGCGGAGAUCCUCCCUCCGGGCUGGGAUCGGGAUCGUCGUUGGCUGAUUUUUCCAUGCACGUUAGGCUAAAAAUGCUUUGGUCUGAAACCUAUCUGCUCUUUUUUCCGGCCAAAGAUGGUCUCAGCCAACAUAUAUCAUCAACGAUGACGAUGCGCCGCUGAAGCUGCAAUAAGCAUGAUGGUUGUGCACAUAAUGAUGCUUAAUCAUUCAUGCUGCGAUACCCUCGAGUGGAACUUCCUUCUUCUGAUGCAACCAUGUAUAGGUGGACCUAGUGGUGACGUGGCUGCGAUGAGUUUUCAAGGUGCUGAGGGAUCUGUGCUGUGGAGUUCUAUUUGUUGUCAGUGAUUCUUGGCAAAGCUCUUGGUGAAGUUAACAAUCAUGGAAAGGUACAAAAUAAUACGGGAGAUAGGUGACGGAACCUGUGGGAAUGUUUUCAUGGCCUAUAAUGUAGAAACAAAUGAAAUUGUUGCUGUUAAAAAAAUGAAGAGAAAGUUCUUCCAAUGGGAAGAAUGCGUUAGUCUGCGAGAAGUGAAGGCUCUUCAGAAACUAAUUCACCCUAACAUUGUGAAGCUGAAGGAGGUGACGAUGGAAAACCAUGAGCUGUUCUUCAUCUUUGAACACAUGGAAUGUAAUUUGUAUGAUGUUAUAAGAGAAAGGCAAGUUGCUUUCUCUGAAGGGGAUAUACGGAAUUUUAUGGUCCAAAUAUUGCAAGGUCUUGCAUAUAUGCAUAAUAAUGGAUAUUUCCACCGUGAUUUGAAACCUGAGAAUUUGUUGGUGACAAAUGGUAUAGUCAAAAUUGCUGACUUUGGUUUGGCAAGAGAAGUAUCUUCCAGUCCUCCUUACACUGAUUAUGUUUCCACCAGAUGGUAUCGGGCACCAGAGGUUCUGCUGCAAUCGUCAGCUUACACACCUGCUAUUGACAUGUGGGCUGUUGGUGCGAUUUUGGCUGAGCUGUUCACAUUGUCCCCACUUUUUCCUGGUGAAAGUGAGACAGACCAGCUUUACAAAAUAUGCACUGUACUUGGGACCCCAGAUUGCACUGUGUGGCCAGAGGGAAUGAACCUGCCUCGUUCAAGUAGCUUUAAGUAUUUUCAGAUUCCUCCAAGAAACUUAUGGGAGCUUAUUCCUAAUGCUUCUUUGGAAGCAAUUGAUUUGAUCCAGCGACUUUGUUCCUGGGAUCCACGUAGGAGGCCAACUGCUGAACAAGCAUUACAGCAUCCGUUCUUUAAUGUGUGCAACUGGGUACCUAGGCCUGUUCAUGAUGCUCCCGAUACAAAAACAAAUGAAUCUAAAGCACAUCCAAAGCUGGAACUGAACCUGUGGGAUUUCAGCACAGAACCUGAUGACUGUUUCCUUGAUUUAACACUCAGUCUAAAGCCAAGUUUUCCUGGAACAGACCUUGCUAACCAUGUUCCACAACGUACAGAAGAGGAAAUUCUACUAUACUCAGGAUUUGAGAAUACGCCUGGUUUUUGGCCACUGGUGCCAUCAGAUCGUCCCAUUGGUGAUGUUCCAGCCAUGCCAUCCUGGCAACAGGCGUACAUGGUUGACAGCCAGUCGUCAUUGCCAGGAUUUUCCGGUUCUCCAUUCGGGCUGUCGUUACAGCCGAGCCUGUUGGAGAACCAUUCACUAGCGCCUAUCCGGCAGGUGAAUUUCUUCUGACCCGAGAGAGAAUUAACAGAUUGAGCAUUCAUACGAUUCUUGCGUUCUUGACACACUCCAGCAUCUUGCUGUAAUACACUAGACUCUAAUAAGUGGCGGCGGUAGAGGAAAUGUACAUACUAUUCGUAGCUCUUAAUCUUUUUUUUUCCUCCCCUUUGGUUACUCCCCAUUUAUGUAAAUAACAAGAUGAACAUCCCCCGAAAAAACAGUUUUGUUUGUAUGACCAUGUUCCAGUGAUAUGGAUGAGUGAUGAGUUCCCGAGCA